AGGUAAUAUUACUUUAGUAUGGAAUACUACUGAAGCAAAUUUGCUGUAAACAAUCGGUCGUCGAUUGAGCAGAACAGGUCGAUGAAGAGUCCUAACAGUUAAUUAUGUUGACAAGUGAAGUUCGCGUAACGAUAAAUUCUGCGACAUGAAGUCACCUUUGACACCACGGACCUUGGAGCUUUUCUAUCAAAUCGAAGGUGGAAAUGGCGUCCUUGAUUUACUCGCCCCCGAAGUUUUUUACCAAAUUAUGGUUAAUCUCGAGCCUGAAGACAUCCGAAUCUGCAUGUGCGUCUGUAGAAAAUGGAGGUUGCUCUUGUCCACGGGUUACUUUUGGAGAAAUUACAUGAAUCACUCGUUCGACUUCACGGAUGAAGACGAAGAGAGACUCACAGGAAUGCUACACGAGCUUGGAAGUUCGUGGUUCUUCGGUUGGGGACAAGGAAUGGUUCAGGGAUUAUCUGAGGGGGACUUGUUCGAGGAACUCCCAAGGCGCUGGAAAUCAGGUAUCGUGCACCCAGUUGGGCCGGAUGUCCGGAGUAAAGUGCCGGACUAUAAAGCCAUGUACGAAUCACUCUAUCAGCUGCAGAAAAUACAAGAUGAAGUGAACGAAAGAGAAAUUGUUUACACUGGUUCUUCGGAGAACAGUGGAGAAUGCCCAGUUGAUAUGCUGUUAUUCCGCUGGGAACAUGACAAACUACCUUCUCAAGAGGAGGUCAUGGAGAUUUUUCAUUUGAAUACAAAUCUACGGUUAGACAUAACUUACGAGAGGUCGGAGAAGAACUUCGCGGAAGAAAACGAACUCGGAGAAAUAUUCAAGUGCCGACGGAAACUGCCUAGCGAGAGCAUUUUCUACGAAGCGCUGCCCAAGGUUUUGGACGAUGGGUUUAUAAAAGUACACAUCGACUACCAAGGUCGCACUAACACAUUCAGACCCUGCCCAGUCUUCAUUCUUACCCAGCUCUCGCCCGGUUGGUGUGGAGGUGUUUUGACAGGAGUGUGGUAACGAGCAUGCGAACUCACUCUUCCAAAUCACAUGGGGCCAAGAUCACAUUUGGCACACGCGGAUUACGCCAUCCACCCUGAGAUGACGUGAAUAUUAAUAUUAUUAACGUCCGCUCGAUAUUCGGGAAACUACAAUGGUAGUAAAUUCCAGACACGAAUCGUUGAGUUAACAGUUUUGUUGACAAUACACCAGACUAAAUAACGACCAGAUUGUCUUGAGUCGACAUAGUUCGGAAGAUAGCUUUUGUUAUUUGAAAAGUCUGCGAAGGGCUCGUACUUUCUCGCUCUUGCCAUGUAGUAAGCUUUGUCUAUAUGCAUCGUAUUAAGUUGUGCAUCGCUGAAUUGAACUGCAAAGGGAGGCAAGCAUGGUUCGUGGCACCAGGGAAUUCGAGUAGGCUCAUAGCGUAUCACUGAAAGUGCUCUUCAACGACUAUGGCUCCAUGUCUCAAACUCCUAAGAUUUAAUUCCUUGUGAAUCGUUGGGGAGAAUUUUAAUAAGAUGUCAGGAUAGUUACACCCUCUAACUGACAAGUUUCUCAAUUCUCACCACUUGUUUCCGGAGUAAUGUGUUGUUAUUGUAAGAAGUUGCCUGUUAAUCCUGUCUGAGAGCCAAAUUUUUCUUCAAGUUCGACUCAGGGAGCUCUAAUCGCAUUUGUAGAGCCUUCCUUUAUCAGAUUUUCAGCAGGAAAUGUUGUUCAUCUCUGUGAAUUGAAUGCGUUUCUUUGCGUAAUGGAAAAUUCCCUUUUACCUAUCCUUUGUUGCCCAAUGCAUUUUUAAAAAUGUCUAUUCUAUUAACUAUUUAAUACAUACUGAAAACUCUAAUAAAAAGUGUUGAGUUUC